CCCAGAACGAACACUCCACUGCAACGGCAUCAAGUAACAUGAAUUCUAAAGCUCUGCCUACUGAAGACGGCCUUGAGCCCGGCCAGCGACGGACCAGCCCCUGCAGCAGCCAUUGGAAACAGAUUACCCUAGCCGUUGCUGCUCUCUGCUUGUUUCUGACUGGGCACAAGACAUUUCGACCUGGAAAGCACCAAUGCCAUCACAAGUCGGAUGGCCUGCGUCGAUAUGCGGGUGAAAAGAUAUCUUGGAAGCCGUGCGGCGAUGUUGCUGGCCGCCCGGUCGAAUGCAGUGACAUCGACGUGCCGAUGGACCAGUUCAAUGACACCAAUUCGGGCAACAAGACCUUCAGUAUUCCUUUGAUUCGUGCCCGAGGAAAGGAUGCUACGCAGAAUCUGCUUCUCAACCCUGGCGGUCCUGGCGGCUCUGGCGUCGAAUUUCUCUUCCGGAGAGGAAAGCAGUUAUCCGAAAUUGUGGGUGAAGGAUUCCAUCUAUUGUCUUUUGACCCAAGAGGCAUCAAUGGCUCCAAACCACUGGCUUCGUGCUAUCCUGAUCGGGAGUCACGUAGAAGCCUCUCUGGCGUAAGAGAUUUGGAACCAAUUCACGACAGCCCGGAAGUGUAUGCAUGGACGCAGAACUUUGUCAAGGCUUGUGCGGAUACGAUGGGAGAGCAUGGUCUUUACAUCAACACGCCACAGACAGCUGCAGACAUGAACAACAUCCUGGAUGCUGUAGGACAAGAGGACAUGGUGUACUGGGGCUUCUCAUACGGCACUCUUCUCGGACAGACCUACGCUAGCCUGUUUCCAGAGCGGUCCACACGAGUCAUCAUCGAUGGUGUUGUCAACGCUUUCAAUUGGUACGGCGAUAUAUUCGACGAUGAGUCCUUCACCGAUACUGAAAAUGUUCUGGAAGGCUUCUUCCGGGAAUGUUUCAAAGCCAAGGAAAAUUGCAGCCUGUCAUCGGUUGCAAAGGAUAGUCAUCACUUGCGCAAGCUUGUAUUCGAUUUCUCAGAAGAAAUGAAGCAACAGCCCAUCAGCGUAUACGUCAACAACACAGUCUAUGGUCUUCUAGACUACCCAAGUUUGUGGUACAACGGCAUCUUUCCUGCCCUUUAUAAGCCUGCUUCAUGGUAUUCUCUAGCCGAAAAUCUUGCAAAGCUUCUCAAGGGCAACGCCACAGGUGCAUUCCUUGCCUACGGACGGAGCGCCGCGUGGGACAUGGAAGGCGACGCGAAUCAAUUCGUCAGUCUGAACGAUGCGCCUACUGGGCCAGCAUAUUGGCCCCAAGAUCGGGAGACUCUGCUUCAGGAAAUCCUCCCAGAGCUGAACAGAAGCAUCUUUGCCGCCACUGAAACUGGUAAUUACUAUGCUAGACAGCAGUGGUCAAUACCGACAACGCACAACUUUACACAGCUCCCACACGUCAAUACGGCACAUCCUUUGCUUGUUCUCUCGACCACAUACGAUCCGAUCUGCCCGUUAAUCUCGGCCAAGGCUGCGAGUGCGGCUUUUGAAGGUUCACAAAUUGUCGAGGUUGUGGGCUAUGGCCAUUGCUCAGUCGCUGUGGCAUCAACUUGUCUCGCCAAGCACGUGCGUGACUUCCUAUACCAUGGAACCUUGCCGCAUAGCUAUACCAAGUGCGAAGUAGACGGACCAUACUUUAUCAAGCCCGAGGAAGAUGGCAAGGUCGUAGCCCAGAGAGUCUUCGAGACUGCCGAAGAGGAAAAGAUUCACUUGGCGCAGCUUGAGCUUGCAAGAGAUUGGGAAUGGCUCAUCUAAGCUGGUGGUCUCGUAUUGCUGUUGCAAUGGCUCAGGUGAGCACUAUCCUAUGCUGGCGAGCUGUACAUUGAGAAAAUACUUGGCAGCAUCGUUGUCUUUCGUUAUUCCUUGCACGGUGUUCGGGGUCAUUCGUAUAUCGAAAAGCAUGCUUCAUCAGUAGGUACACUCAAGGAUAGGUGCUGAGUGAUUGAUUAUACCGCCG